AUGAGCGAAGCAGAGGCUGUUCAGAACCCUACUGAGCCCGUGGCUCCCGUUGAGGCUCCCGUCGAGGAGAAGGCCAUUGAGCAGCCCGAAGCUACUGAGGCUACUGACGCUACCGAGGUAGCCGAGGCCAAGGAGACUGAGGAGAUCAAGGAGGAGACUGAGACCAAGGAGACUGAGGAGACAGAGAAGAAGAAUGGCGCCAACAUCCUCAAGACUACAGCCAAGAUUGACCGCGAGAAUGCCUCAAACAACCGCAAGUUUGAUCCCUCUGUCCGGCAAGUGACCGAUGACCCCGAGGAGAUCAGGAAGCAGGUUGAGUUUUACUUUGGCGACUGGAACUUCCCCCAGGACAAGUUCAUGUGGGAGACAUGCGGAGGAUCCGAGAACAAGCCCAUGCCGAUCGAAAAGAUUCACUCAUUCAAGCGUAUGCGCUGCUUCCAGCCCUACAGCGCCGUUGUUGCUGCCCUCCGAGAGAGCAAGGUGCUCGAGGUAGUUGGAGAGGAAGGCAAGGAGGCCGUCAAGCGCAAGGUUCCCUACAAGCCCAUGCCUGCCUCCAAGGCCAAGGCUGAAGCUGCCACCGUCUACGUCAAGGGCUUUGGUGACGAGCAGCCCGAUACCCAGUUCGAGCUGGAGACCUUCUUUGCCCAGUUCGGUGAAGUCAAUGGCCUGAAGCUCCGUCGCACCAACGAGGGCCUCUUCAAGGGCUCCGUCUUUGUCACAUUUGCCGAUGAGGAGACGGCCAAGAAGUUCAUUGCCCUGGACCCUGCUCCCAAGUGGAAGGAGCACGACCUGAAGAUCAUGUCCAAGCACGACUACUGCGAGGAGAAGAGCGACCUGAUCAAGCAGGGAAAGCUGGCGCCUAACGGAACAUCGCAGAAGAAGUUUUACGAGGGCAGGGACUUUGGCAAGAGAACCACCCGCAGUGGUGCGUCUGGAGAUCAGGAUGACUGGAAGAAGCGACGCGACCAGGACCAGAAGGGUGGAUUCAGGGGAGGUCGCGGAGGUCGUGGUGGCCGUGGUCGAGGCGGCCGUGGCGGUCGUGGCCGAGGCGGCCGUGAUCGCGACAAUGGCCGACAGGAGAGACGCGUGGACGCUGCCGCUACCAACCUGAAGAGACCCCGAGAGGACGAUGGUGCUGCGGCCCCUGCUGCGAAGAAGGUUGACACCAAGGCCGAGUGA